AAGCAAUUUGAAAACUAACAAAUUGUUGGCAUAUAGGGGGGGUCAAUGGUAGCCCAUUGCCAUCUAAUAGUAGAAAUAGAAAUAAACUUUAAUUAAGCUAUCGAUAUUUUCGGGUUGGCUGCCCCCCAUUGCCAUUUGAUCAGGUGAUUCCGACAAACAACACGAAAAGUACUUAAUUUCUCCAUUGAUUGAUCAACUGAAGCGAUGUCGUUCUCGUUCUUCAAGGCCUUAAGGCCUAAAACCCCACAAGAACUCGCCAAAGCAAUCAAAGACAGCCUCAUGGCUCUCGACACCAAAACUGUUGUUGAGGUUAAAGCACUCGAAAAGGCAUUAGAAGAAGUUGAGAAGAAUUUUGGUGCAAUGAAACUUCUGCUUUUAGGAGAUGGGGAGGUUGAACCAAAUGUGGAUCAAGUGUCACAAUUAGCUGUAGAAAUUUGUAAAGAGGAUGUAAUUGCUCUUUUCUUUCACAAAUUAUCUAUACUUGGGUGGGAGGCAAGAAAAGAUUUAGUCCAAUGUUGGUCCAUACUAUUGAAGCAAAAAGUUGGAUCAACUCAUUGUUGUGUGCAAUUCUUGGAGAAUCAUUCAGAUUUGUUGGAUUUUCUUGUUGCGGGUUAUGAUAACAAGGAGAUUGCUUUAAAUUGUGGAAACAUGUUGAGGGAAUGCAUCAAGUUCCCGAAUCUUGCAAAGUAUAUAUUAGAGUCUCCAAGCUUUGAACUAUUCUUUAAGUAUGUGGAGCUUGCUAACUUUGAUGUUGCUUCUGAUGCAUUUUCGACUUUCAAGGAUCUUCUUACCAAACAUCCAAUUGCAGUAUCUGAAUUCUUAACUUCUCAUUAUAAUGAGUUCUUUGAGCAGUAUGAAACACUCUUAACCUCUAAUAAUUAUGUUACAAGAAGACAAUCUUUAAAGCUUUUGUCAGAGUUCCUUUUAGAGCCUCCAAGCUCCCAUAUAAUGAAAAAAUAUAUUGCAGAAGUUCAACACUUCAAAGUCAUGAUGACAUUGUUAAAGGAUACAAGCAAAAACAUCCAGAUCUCUGCAUUCCACAUUUUUAAGAUCUUUGUGGCUAACCCUAACAAACCUCGAGAAAUAAAAGUCAUAUUAGCAAAGAACCAUGAAAAAUUGCUGGAAUUGCUAAACAAUUUAUCUGCUGGAAAAGGUGGUGAUGAUGAUCAAUUUGAAGAGGAAAAGGAACUUAUCAUCAAAGAAAUAGAAAGAGUAUCUCAACUCCCAGAUCUUGAUUCUUAGAUACAGAAGACUAUCUUUGGUUGAAAUAAACAGCUGCUGGUUUCUAACCUGAUUCUAAAUGUGUUAUUAUGUGUACCAAAAUAUCAUUAUUUUCAUUUCACCUUUGGCACGAGUUAAAGUUUUUUGCAACAGGAUGCUACUUUUUAAUUUUUAUGUAAGCUCAAAUAUAUGUAACUAUUAUGCAUCCUAUUCGGUUUAUAUGUGUAAAAGUCAUUUGGUUGUUUUUGUGAUAAAGUAGAUCAAAAAGUAACUAUAA